AGUAAAAGGUAUGCUGAACGAUGACAAAGACACAAAAAAUCCUUUGUAAAACGAUAAGACGUCAGAAUUAGCAAAAAAAAGGGUGAGUGUAAGGGCACUUUUAACGUAUACUGUUUUUAUUAAUCGGUAGAAUACCUGAUCUAUGUCCGUAUAGCUAAACUAAAUAUCUUCAGAUAAUAUAUUUCUUAUCUUCAGUCGUAUUGACCUUUAAUAACCGUUGUAGCAAUUCGUAGCAGAUGCUACGAAAAGGCUGCAGCUCGUUGCAAAAAAUUGUCCAUUAAACUACAAAUCCUAUGGUUCUAAGUUUGUAACAAAAAUAUUUUAUACCUAUCACCAAACCUAUCUUACAAUAUUACUAAAUCCCGAAUACAAUAUGUUUAAUAUUGAUUUUAUCUAUGUCACUUUUGUUUUUACAUAAAAGGUAAACAAAAUAUUGCUCAUCAAAAUUGUUUUUCCGUCUUCGUAAUGGGAGAUCGAAACUUGCUGUAUUUUAUGUGAAUCGUCUGUUUAAAGAUAAAUCAUUACAAAAAUUUCAGGGAACGAAAACUUUAUACAGACUGCGUAGAUUUAUUUAUUUAACAGUGAAACGAGGUUUGUUGUAUUUGUGGUAAGGUAUUCGUUAGCGAAUAAUGUAAUGGGUUUAGGUAGAUGUGUGUAAUGCAUGUCGCGACACGAUAGAUGUGCGCAUGGCAUCGCAUAAGUUUGGUAAUGACACGCUGUAGGCGGGCGGCGGCUGGCGGGCGGCGCGGCGGGGCUCGCGCAGCGCUCAGCCCGUUCUAUUUCUAAAUUGAGACAGUCACUCGCAGCCGCUUUCCGCGUAUCACCUCUUCGCUAUAUAUAACUAAAUACAUAAAAUCUCGAGAAAAUCCUUCGAAAGUUACUCACAAGGCAGAUUCACUCGCGAUAAAUAAAAUGCGAAUCAAUUAUAACGAUACAAUGUCGGUGGACCCUUAGAUAUUGCUGUCAAAGGAUACAGCAGUUGUGAUUAGUGAUAACUGAACGUACAUGAAAUUGUGUAAUAAAAAAUGUGGUACCAAGGGGACGAAGAUGAUGAAGAAGAUCUUAUGUGUUCGCCGGCUAUCCUCGCCAGGCGAGCCUCAGAGAGUUGGAUUAAUGUACCUCCCGUUGAGAUGUUAAGCACGCCGCAGACGUUACAACGUAAGAAGUCGCUGCCUGACGUAGCGGGGAUGCCCCGCAUGCCGGACGGCGGCGGCAUGUCGCGCGAGGAGGUGUCGGCGCUCGGCUCGGCGCGCCGCGAGGAGGUGCGCCGCAUGCACGAGGAGACCGAGAAACUGAGGGCUAACCCCCUGCUCUACUUAGUCAGUCCGCAAGUCAAGGACUGGUUCUCCCGGCAGCAGCUGGUGAUCCUAGUGCUUUUCAUCAACAUCUCUCUGGGCAUCAUGUUCUUCAAGCUGCUCACGUAGCAUCGGCGUGUGGCGCACUUGCGCCUCUUCUUCCCGAUGUCGUUGACGUCAUUUUUGUAAAUAAUGUAAUUUUUGAACCAAAUAGUCCAAAUAUUAUUCGAUGUGCGACAAAUGUUUGAAUAACAUUUAUUAUUUGUUCCUUGUUAAUAUGAGAGUUACAUUUACACAUCCAACGAAAACGUAUUUAUUUGUCAAUAAGGACUUCAAUUUGCUAGUGUACUUUUCUUUGACGUUGUGAAAGUGUGCAAAGAAUGACGAGACAAGAGUGAAAACAUUAUCCAAAUAUUUCGUCGAGCUAAUAAUUUCGACUUGUUUUGUGCGGGAGUGAAUUGAACCUGUUUUGUGUCCGGUUACCGGAAACUUCGAAUGUAAGAAGCACGUUGUUCUAUAAACCUGCAUAUUGUAGGUUUAUUUAUGCCUUCUAUAAUGAAGCUUAACGCCUUUAAUGUAAUUUUAACAACUGAGGUGUUGUUUGAAACCAGAGAGAUUUCGAAGAAUUCAUGGUCGAUUGUUUAUGAGGGAGAAAAUAUGCAUAAUAUAUACAAAAAUAAUAUUUAUGGCACAACGCCGGUGUUCUAGUUUACUACACCGACACUGCGCGACCACCGGGCAGUCUAGUAGCCUCCUACUUAUAUAUAUAUAUUCAGAUUGUAGAGAAUGACUAAAUUAGGUAUGAGCAAAUUAUUUCCGCCAAAAAUAUAGUUGGUUAUGGGGACGAUAUUAUAGUUAAAUGUUAUUGUUGCCGUAUAAAAGUUUAAAUAAUAAAAAUAUUGUCAAUUUUGAUUCGUUUGUGUUGAUUCAUAAGUGAUUGAAACAUUGCGUACCCCGAGUGAUAAUAAAUGCACAAAAUAUGAUAGCUAUAGGUAUCUACUGGUUUCAAAAUUGUAUAUAAGCUAUUAAUUAAAGUUUUACAAAUAUAACACAAAGUACGCAUACCUACCUGUAAGUAGAUACGUUGUUAUGCUUGCAAGAUGUACAAGACAAGAUAAAAUGCAUGUGCAUUAUUUUCCUAUUCUAUUAAAAUUGUAAAAAAAAAACUAGCGAAACUGAAUUUUUAUACAAGAUUUAAUCUUCAUUUUAUACCUAUGAAGUCAAUUCUCUCGUAAUCGAAUUGUUUAUAUGGUUAAUACUAUAUGAAUGGUAUGUUAGAUACUUUAUUAAUAUUGGCAUGGAAAGCGUGCGUUUGAGACUGUUGAUACGUAAAUAUACACCUACAACGAACCUUAUUGAAGCGCACAUUCGUUGUAAGGUUAUAUAUACAGUUGAUAAGACAAUUUUCACAGUUUCAUUAUUAUGUAAAGAAUAUAAGUUAUGUCUCUAAGAAUUUUAAUUACUUGUAUCGAUUUUAUCUACGUUUCAGAAAUAAAAUAUUUUAACAAAACAA